AUGGAGUGGGCGGCGCGGGGGGAGCAGGUGAAGCCGUUGGUGCACGCGCUAGCAUGUUUGUAUCGCUUCGGAGACCACUGCUGGGUGAGCUGCGUGAGAGACCCCGACGACGGGCGCCUCCGACUCCAACUUUCGUCGGUGAACGCGUCGAGCUCCGCGUACGGCCUCUUUGUGUUUUACGCGACGUUCUUUGAGCGCAUCGCACUGAGUGGGGAGGACUGCGAGUGCCAGGUGCACAUCAAGACGUUGCUUGCGAUGCUGCGCAUGCGGGGUCAGAUCCAGCGGUGCACGUUUACCCUCGACGCGUCCGCCGUGCCGAGCCGCAUCGAGGUCGAGAUCGACUGCGAGCAGGGUAUACGGAAACGGCACAAACUUACGUACGAAGACCGACCGGGUCUCUUUCCGUCCAUUGAUCCCCACCCGCCGUUUGCGCUGAGCGUGCGCCCGACGACCGCGCGCGAGUGGACCGAGCACUUUCUGAGUAGCGGAAAGACGGGCGAGUGCAGUUUGUACUGCGCGCCGGACGCGUGCGUCCUGCGCAGUCGCCUCGAUGGGCCGCUGGAUACCCGUGAGUCGCUCCGCCACUCGAUCCAGAGCGAAGUGCGCUUGCCGCUCGGCGAGAUGGUCGAGUACCACGUCCCGGACGAGACGCACGUCCAGUUUUCUCUGUGGGAGUUCCGCGCGGCGAUCCACGUCGCCGAGCAGCUCGGCACGGACCUCGCGCUGGCGUUUGGGUACGGCGGCGAGCCGAUGUUUGUGCGGCUGCAGGUGCAAGAGGAGCUAUGUGCCGAGUUUAUCCUCGCUACGACCGGUGACCCCGACCCUGUACCGCACGCGCCGAAAGAGCGCGCCGCCUCGCCGCCCCUCGCGCACGAACUCGCGCCCGACUCGCGCGAAACGAGCCGUGCGUCGCAGUCUGUCGUGCCCGAAGCGGCGCGGCCGAGCAGCGACGACGAGGACCUCUUGCCGGUGCGCGGCGUAAAGCCCGAGCCUACGCCGUCGCAGGCACGCGGCGGCAUUCCCCUCUCGCAGCUGCCGAUUGUGGAGCCGACGCCCUUGGAUCGGGGGGGGAGUCGCGACGAGCACCCCUCGGCGCUGUUCCUAGGCACCCCUUCUUCGCCGACGCUCGAUGCGGUCGAGAUCCCCCCGACGCAGGACACACUCCCCGCGACCCAAGUGCCAAGCCAUGGUCGGAAACGGCAUAUGGCCCAGUACUCGGGAAGCGCCCAAUCGUCGUUCCUGUACGUGCCGGGGGCCGACCUCGGUCAGUACGCCACCGGUGCCGGGCUCGCGGUGCACCCUGGCCUGGUGAAUGUCCCUGACGAAGGACAGUUUAUCCCACAGCGCAUCGUGCCGCCUGCACCGCCUUCGGCGCAGUUUGCGGGAUGGCCGGCCCAGCCAGUGUCGCGUCACGAUUCGGCGCCGCCGACGCAGCAAGAGGUGCUGCGCUACCAGCUUGCGCGCCAGGAGGCCGCAAUGGCAUCGAGCGCCUCGCUCCCGGUCGAGCGCCCACUGCACGCGCAGGCACCGCCAGAUGCGCGGUACGCUGCGAUGGCGCCGCAGCACGGCCGCUCGCAGAGUAUCGACGCGUACGCCAUGUCACAACAGUACCAUCACCCGUUGCGAGGGGCGACACUGUCGUACGACGAUAGCCCGUCGCCGUCCGAAGGCAUUCCGCCCGCGACGCCGCCCAAGCCCAAGCCCCAGGAGCGGGGCGAGCGGCUGCCGACGUCCCUCUCGAACAUGUCGCUCGCGAGCUCGGUGCGUUCGGCGGGCGAGAUACCGGCGUCGCCCAAGAGCGGCCCUGGCACCGGUACCGACUCCCCGUCGCGGCAUCGGACGCGCGAUGGGAGCCGCUCGUCGCUGAAGAGCAUGAUUGGCGGCCUGGUGCAUUCCAUGAGCGACGUCUUUGCGCCGAACGAGAAGCGCCCCGAGAUCUCGACGCCGUACGACCCGGUGCACCUGACGCACGUCGGCUUCAAUGCGCACACGGGCGAGUUUACCGGCCUGCCACGCGAGUGGCAGCAGCUCCUGCAGCAGUCGGGCAUUUCGCGCCAGGAGCUCGAGCAGCACCCCCAGGCGGUGAUGGAUAUCGUGGCAUUCUACCAGGACAAUGCGCAGGAUGCGCCGAUCGGCGGCGAGAACGACGACGUGUGGACCAAGUUUGGCGCAAACGUCGGCGACGACUCUUCGUCCUCGCAGCCGCACGAGCAAGAGGUGUGGGACGCGACGGCUCAGUACGCCCACCCUGCGCCUGUAGCGCCCGCGCCUCCUCCUGUGCCUCUCGGCCCUGCGGUGCCGGCGCCUGGGCGUGUAUCGCCGAGUUUCCGCCCUCCGGAGCUGCUGCAGUCGAGCAAGUCGAGUGCGACGCAGCCGCUCGUGGAAGACGUUACCCAUACCUACAACCCUGCGGCAGAGCGCCCGCCCGACGCCGCGCCCGCCGCGUCUGCGACGCAGCUCGUGCGGAACCAGUCGCAGCGUGCUGAGGCGGCGGCGGCGGCGGCGGCGGCGCGCCCUGCCGAGCCCGAGAUGCGCCCCCCGCUCGGGGCCGGGCAUGCGGUCCCCCGGCGCCAGACGAAGCGGAACAAGGUGAGCGACGCGCAAGUUAUGACGCGUCUGCAGGCCGUGUGCAUGCCUGGCAACCCCACCAAGAUGUUCAAGGACCUAGUCAAGAUCGGCCAAGGCGCGUCGGGCGGUGUGUUUACUGCGAAGAGUAUCGGUUCGGAGCAGCUGGUGGCUAUCAAGCAGAUGGUGCUUUCCCAGCAGCCCAAGAAGGACCUGAUUGUCAAUGAGAUCGAAGUGAUGAAGCAGUCGCGGCACCCUAAUAUUGUGAACUUCCUCAACGCCUUCCUGAACCAAGGCGAGCUGUGGGUCGUGAUGGAGUACAUGGAAGGCGGCCCUCUUACCGAUGUCGUCCUGCACUCGAUCUUGUCCGAAGGGCAGAUUGCCGCAGUGGCGAAAGAGUGCCUGACCGGCCUGCAUCACCUGCACACCCACGGCGUGAUCCACCGCGACAUCAAGAGCGACAAUGUGCUGAUGAGUAUGAACGGGAAUAUUAAACUGACCGACUUUGGGUUCUGUGCACAGAUCGGCCAAGCGCACGCGAAGCGCGUCACGAUGGUCGGCACGCCCUACUGGAUGGCCCCCGAAGUGGUCACGCGCAAGGAGUACGGUCCCCGCGUGGAUAUCUGGAGCCUGGGCAUUCUGUGUAUCGAGAUGAUCGAGGGCGAACCGCCGUACCUCAACGAGAAUCCCCUGCGCGCGCUCUACCUGAUCGCGACCAACGGCACGCCCAAGCUCCAGAACCCCGAAAAGCUCUCCCCAACGAUCAAAGACUUCCUCUCGGUCUGUCUCGAAGUCGACGCGGACCGCCGGCCUGACGCGGCCACACUGGCAGAGCACCCAUUCCUGCGCUCGCCCGAGCCGCUGCGCUCGCUCAUUCCCCAUAUCCGCGCCGCGCACGACCACCGCGCGCAGCGCCCGUAG